GCGUGGCCCAGUGUCGGUCGUGCCAGUCUUCCAACACACGACUUGACCUAGAACCCUAUCCCUCUCGCUCCGUUGUCGCCGCUUCGCCGCCGCCGCCGCCCCCCUCCCCCUCCAAGCGUUGCUGAGCAGAUCUUCCGCUGUGGUGCUCGUCUUCAAGCUAGGCGAUCACAGCCUUCUCAGGCCCGAUAUGAAGCAAUUUCCUUUCUGAUAGUCCUUGAUAAUACUAGUCAGGAAUUGGAGGCAAGCGGGAUUGUGCCACAGAAAAUCAGUCCAGACCGAGUGGAUUCGAUUUGUUUGGAGAGGAAUGGGUCGUCUGUCUCUGAAUCUCAUAAUGCACGAUCUAAGGGAUAGCAUCUAUUCUCUGUACCGCAUGGACAUCCGACACCUUUUCUACGAAACAGCAGAAAUUGCAGUGCACGCAGCAGAAGAUGCAAAAGCCAAGAAGAAGAAUAAACUAUCAAUGAUAGAGUCCUGGAACGAUCUGCGUAAGCCAGUCGCCCAUUUCAAAGCAUCUAAUUUCUUCACUCUACUGAGAGAAAACUCCAUCAUGUUGGCUGACUCAUUUGGUCGUACAACACUCUUAGACAUUGACUUCAAGUCCGUGGUACCCAUGCCCCCUAUGCCUAAUGGCAAGGGACCCAAUUGCAUCUGUUUCUCAAUACCUAAUCCUGAGCCCUUAAAAUCUUAUUCCCAGUGCCUCUUUGUCCUGGAUCUGGUUCCAGGUAGCAGUACCAAUUCCUCCAGCUUUGAGUUCCUGACAUACUUAGGGAGUCGGGACUCCUCCCGCCCCCUGGUGUCUUCCCAUUUCCAUUUGAAUUGGUUAUGGCAUGAUUUGCCAGUGCCAGCGUUCGCAGAGCACCCUGCCAACAGUAGAGCCGCCAUGAACUAUUCUUACAUGUUGCUUGACAGUUCUACAAUGUGUUUAUCCUCCAGUGAAGAGGGCAUAGGCACCUAUACCUUUGAUAUGGUUAACCACAAGUGGUCACGUGCUGGUAACUGGGUGCUGCCCUUCUGUGGCAAAGCAGAGUAUGUCCCUGAGCUCAAGCUUUGGUUCGCCCUCUCUCCUAGCGCCCCCCACAGCUUGUGUGCUCUGGACUUCCCUGCCAUGGAUUUUGAUUUGCCACCUGAUUUGCUGCGUACUUGGGAUUGUCUCCACCUGCAUGAUGAGACUCCAUACAAGCGCCACCUUGUUAACCUGGGCUCAGGUAAGUUCUGUGUGGUCUCGUUCUUCAAGACCUUUAAAACCAAAUAUGUGGCAGAAAAUAUGGAAGAUGAGUCUGCUGUGUUCACUGGCCUCGAGGUGCGCCGCUGCAACAACAGCGAGGGUGCUGUACGGAUGAUCAAACACAUGUCUAAACGUUACACCUUUGGAAGGUUUGGCAUCCAGUCCAUUCUCUGAAUCUUUUUGGGUCUCCCCAAGACCGAUGCAUCUUCUAUAAGAGACC